AGCACGCGACUGCGACGCGAUGAUGGACGCUACUACACUCAAAGUUUGGCUUCUUAAUCAAGUCAAUAGCUGUCCUUGGCAGUGUACACUUCUGCUCUCUCUCGGUGCUCUCACAUUUGCACGUUUUACAUUCAAAACUCUUGUCGUCUUCUUUCAGACCUUCAUUCUCUCUGGGACACAUCUCGAGAAAUUUGGUGCUAAAAAGGGAGCAUGGGCAGUGGUCACGGGUGCUUCAGAUGGCAUUGGGAGGGAAUUCGCGAUCCAGUUGGGCUCGGCAGGGUUCAACGUUUUGCUCGUCGCACGGAAUGGCACGAUGUUGAACGAUGUGGCAGCCGAGAUUGCUACGAAAACAAAAUCCGCAGUUGAAACUAAGAUUUAUCUUAUCGACUUUGCCAAAAAUGACGACCUCAAAUAUGAUGGCCUGAAAGCUCUCAUUCAUACCCUCGAUGUUGGUGUCCUCGUGAACAAUGUCGGAAAAUCCCACGUUAUGCCCACUGAUUUUGCUGAGACUAUGGAACAAGAAAAUGCUGACAUCGUCGCUAUCAACGUGAAUGCGACGAUCCGCGUCACGCAUGCAGUUCUCCCUGGUAUGAUUCAACGGAAACGUGGGUUGGUCCUCAACCUCGGUUCCUUCGCGGGUCUCGUGCCUUCUCCGAUGCUAGCGACAUACAGCGGUACCAAGGCAUUCCUUGAAACCUUCACUAGCGCACUCGCAGAUGAGGUCCGGUCUCAUGGGAUCCUCGUCCAACAUCUCAAUACUUACUUUGUCGUUUCCAAAAUGUCCAAUAUCCGGCGUACAUCUGCGUUAAUACCCAGUCCCGCAUCCUAUGUACGCGCAUGCCUCUCUAAAAUUGGCUUUUCUUGCGGGGCAGCACUCACUGGGCGUCCGGGCACGCUCACGGCAUUCUGGAGCCACGCGCUUCUCGAUUAUAUCAUGCACGUUAUCGGAUGGAAGUCUCAGUUUAUUACUUAUACCCAUUCGCUGCAUAAGGAUAUCAGGAGAAGGGCACUCAGGAAGCAGGAGAGGGAGGCCAAAAAGCAGUAGAUAGCCAGAUCCGCCUCAUGAAAUUGUGAGCAUGCUGUGAAUCAUAAUUUUUUUUCGGACUGUGUGUCAUCUAAUGGAGCGACUCGGAACAUCACGAAAUGUCGCCUUUGUACAGAGACGAUGGUAUGCUCUUAUUAUUGACUCCGUUAGCUUCUUCCAGGUUCGUCUACCGUUUGUAAAUUACUGCAGUGAUUCCGCUACCUUCAUUAUGUCGAUUCCCAAACUCUCAGCUUCUGUGACGAUGACUGAACGACGUGUCCAAUGCUAAUGAACACACUAAAAUCCUUCAUAUCGCUGAGACUGAUCUACUACAUAUAGCUCGGAGAACGAGCCAAGAAUAACAAGCAUUGCGUUGUCUCU